ACUAGUCGGUCCAGUCCAACAUGCGCUAUGUCGCGGUUACUGCUUACGUGUGUAUGCUCACGUGAAUUGUCCAGAUCGUGUGGAUGUCGUCCAGCACCCACCCCGCUCCUUCUUCCGCCCUCACCUCUCUUCAACUUUGGCCCGUGGAAGCAAAUUCCAGCAGUAUUACCCGCCCAGCAGCCUUCCCAGCACCAUUUAAGAGUAGCCUGUGUGUAGCUGGUGGUGGAGCGGCAGUUAUUUUCCGCAAGAUGCCUGUCGCAGGUCCUGCUCCACCCCGCCUGGCGUCAUUCCUUCCUCACCCAGCUCUACGUCGUCCGUUCGUUGAAGGGAAGGACUCGGAUGAAUUGGCGCAAAUUCAAAAGUUGCAUCUUUUCAGGCUGGAAAUGGAACCCAGAUACCGCCCGAACCCCUUCUACAUGGAGGACGUACAACGAGGGUCGAUUGGAACUGACCAUAGAAGGGAGCUGAUUGAGUGGCUACUGGAGCUUGCUCGACAUUUCAGAUACUAUUGCAGUGAAAUCUUUCAGUUGUCCGUGAGCAUUCUAGAUCGCAUAUGUAGCAUUGAAACCCUGCAGCUGUCACAUUACCAAGCCCUUGGGGCAGCUAGUUUCCUGAUCGCAUCCAAAAUUUGUGAAACCAGAACGCCAACAUGCGUGGAGCUUGAAGAACUCGCCGCAGGCGCAUUUAAUGUGGAGGGUCUCAAGGCGAUGGAGCUGUGGGUCCUGCAAAUGUUGAACUGGAAUUUGAACGCCGUGACGCCCAAUAUGUUCCUGGAGUUCUUUCUCGAUCUUUUUAAAUACGAUGCGACCACCAAGUCAGAGCUCUUUCUGAUCGCCGACCAGGUUCUUAACAGAAUUCAACCCUACUAUCACUACGUCCGAUUCCGGCCCUCAGUCCAAGCUGCUGCUGCACUAAGAUAUGCUUUCGAGACAAUUGGCAUUAAUUUACAUGAUUUCCAUGUAUUCAUGGGCCGCGAACUGGAGUCUCAAUCCUUGCAUACUGUGGCAAUCGUUUCAAGCCUGGAUAUCCCCCAAAUGUUGGAAGUAAACCGGUGUGCGGCAGCUAUGGUCGCACAACUCGCACGAAACACUUUUCCGCAUGUCACACCAAUGCACCCAAGAGGAAAGACCCAUCUGCAUCACGGACUUGCCACGCCUGCAGAAGACGAUGAUCGGAGUGAAGAAGAUGGAUAUAGGGAACUUGACGGACCUGUACCCUUCAUUUUGGCCCAUCCGGCCGAUCCUCAUCAAUAUGGCGGAUCAGCCACUGGUGCAAUCAAGCAGGCUUCAUCGCCUUUCGCGUAAUUCACGUGGACAUGAACCGUCGGGUCUUCCAUGGACACGCAUUUGUAUAUAUGAGGGAUUUGUCGGGUUUGUUGCCAUUAGGCGGAUGCCAUGGACGCUUGGCUGUUGAUUUCAUUUUAUAUAUUAGACAUUCUGGAUGUAGGUUUGGACCAUCCGGACGGCGUGUAGAUUAGGAUAUAGGAUAAAAAUAAAUAUGAAUUGUAGAUGGCUUGAUUUACACUGUACAAUCGAUACGCUAACGCUACUCCAGA